CAUAUAAAUAGGGCUGGUUGCUCUUUAUUAUUCUAGCAUCACGGCAGCAGGUUCCUGCUAAGUUUGGAGUUUAUACCACAACUGUAUGCCUGCUUGAGUUAAACCAGGGCACUGCAGCACAAGGAGUCUGCAUGUCGGUUUAGACAUGCUCAGCUUUGUGGAUACCAGGAUUCUGUUGCUGCUUGCAGUGACUUCGUACCUAGCAUCAUGUCAAUGUAACCCCAGGGGACCAAAAGGACCCAGAGGUGAGAGGGGUCCUAAAGGACCCGAUGGAAAACCCGGCAAACCUGGACUUCCUGGGCCUGCCGGCCCUCCUGGCCCCCCUGGUCUUGGUGGAAACUUUGCUGCUCAAUAUGAUGGCGCGAAAGGAAUUGAAGCCGGCCCUGGACCAAUGGGUUUGAUGGGACCCAGAGGCCCAUCUGGACCUCCCGGUGCCCCUGGACCUCAAGGAUUCCAAGGACAUGCUGGUGAGCCCGGAGAGCCAGGACAAGCUGGAGCUGUUGGUUCUCGUGGUCCUCCUGGACCUCCUGGCAAAAAUGGUGAAGAUGGUAACAACGGCAGACCUGGAAAACCUGGAGAUAGAGGAGCACCUGGAGCACAGGGUGCUCGUGGUUUCCCCGGAACUCCUGGACUUCCUGGCAUGAAGGGACACAGAGGUUACACUGGCCUUGAUGGACGCAAAGGAGAGCCUGGUGCAGCUGGUGCUAAGGGUGAGAAUGGUGCUCCUGGAUCAAACGGAACCCCCGGACAGAGAGGCGGUCGUGGUCUUCCUGGUGAGAGAGGUCGUGUUGGACCUUCUGGCCCAGCUGGUGCUCGCGGUGCUGAUGGCAACACUGGUCCUGCUGGCCCUGCUGGUCCUUUGGGAUCAGCUGGUCCUCCCGGUUUCCCUGGUGCUCCUGGACCUAAGGGAGAAGUUGGACCUGCUGGUCCCUCUGGCCCAUCUGGACCUCAGGGACAAAGAGGAGAGCCAGGCACGAAUGGUGCUGUGGGCCCAGUUGGACCCCCUGGUAAUCCUGGUGCUAACGGUAUCAAUGGUGCUAAGGGAGCAGCUGGACAACCCGGAGUUGCUGGUGCCCCUGGUUUCCCUGGCCCUAGAGGAGGCCCUGGCCCCCAGGGACCUUCUGGAGCCUCUGGCCCAAGAGGUCUUGCUGGUGACCCUGGACCCGUUGGAGUGAAGGGAGAUUCUGGUGUCAAGGGUGAGCCUGGUAGUGCUGGUCCUCAGGGACCCCCUGGUCCUUCUGGUGAAGAGGGCAAGAGAGGUUCAACUGGAGAGCAGGGAUCUACUGGACCCUUGGGAAUGCGUGGACCUAGAGGAGCUGCUGGUACUCGUGGUCUGCCUGGUCUGGCUGGAAGAUCGGGCCCAAUGGGCAUGCCUGGUGCCCGUGGUGCCACUGGUGCCCCUGGAGCCCGUGGACCUCCUGGAGAUGCUGGUCGUGCUGGUGAGCCUGGUCUUCUUGGAGCCAGAGGUCUCCCUGGUAGCCCUGGCAGUUCUGGACCCCCUGGAAAGGAAGGACCUGCUGGUCCCGCUGGUCAAGAUGGUCGCUCUGGCCCCCCUGGACCAACUGGACCCAGAGGCCAGCCUGGUAAUAUUGGAUUCCCCGGUCCUAAGGGACCUUCUGGCGAGCCUGGCAAGCCUGGUGAGAAGGGACCUGCUGGCCCAACUGGACUGAGAGGUCAACCUGGUCCUGAUGGUAACAACGGCCCUGCUGGUCCCGUCGGACUUGCUGGUGCCCCAGGUGAGAAAGGAGAGCAGGGACCCUCUGGUGCUCCUGGUUUCCAGGGUCUUCCUGGCCCCGCUGGACCCGUUGGUGAGGCUGGCAAGCCCGGAGAUAGAGGUAUCCCUGGAGAUCAAGGUGCAUCAGGACCUGCUGGCGUGAAGGGAGAGCGUGGUAACCCUGGACCCGCUGGUGCUGCUGGCGCUCAGGGACCCAUUGGGGCUCGUGGCCCUUCUGGUACUCCUGGCCCUGAUGGAAACAAGGGAGAGCCUGGUGCAGUUGGAGCUGCUGGUGCCCCUGGACACCAGGGAGCUGCUGGCAUGCCUGGUGAGCGUGGUGCUGCUGGCACCCCUGGACCUAAGGGAGAGAAGGGUGAACAAGGAUACAGAGGACUAGAGGGCAACGCUGGAAGAGAUGGUGCCCGUGGUGCUCCUGGACCCAGUGGACCCCCUGGACCCGCAGGUGCUAAUGGUGACAAGGGUGAGACUGGCUCCUUCGGUCCUCCUGGACCAGCUGGUGCUCGUGGUGCUCCUGGGGAGCGUGGUGAGUCUGGCCCUGCUGGACCUUCCGGUUUUGCUGGACCCCCUGGUGCUGAUGGCCAGACUGGACAAAGAGGUGAGAAAGGACCUGCUGGUGUAAAGGGAGACGCUGGACCUCCUGGCCCUGCUGGUCCCGCUGGCAAUACUGGACCCCUCGGUCCUUCUGGUCCUGUUGGCCCACCUGGUGCCCGUGGUGACAGUGGUCCCCCUGGUCUGACUGGCUUCCCUGGUGCUGCUGGCAGAGUUGGACCUCCUGGUCCUUCUGGUAUUGUUGGACCUGCUGGUCCCACUGGUGCUCCUGGAAAGGAUGGCCCACGUGGUGCUCGUGGUGAUGUUGGCCCUGCUGGUCCCCCAGGAGAGAAUGGAAUUAUUGGACCCCCAGGUCUGGCUGGUGAGAAGGGAUCUCCUGGAGAGUCUGGCGCACCUGGAGCACCUGGACUUGCUGGGCCUCAGGGUCAGCUGGGAUCUCAGGGAUUCAAUGGUCUUCCUGGCUCCAGAGGUGACCGUGGUCUUCCUGGUGGCCCCGGUGCUGUUGGUGAUGCUGGAAGAGUUGGCCCUGCUGGUGCCCCUGGUUCCCGUGGUCCCGCUGGUAACAUUGGCAUGCCCGGUAUGACUGGUCCUCAGGGUGAGGCUGGACGUGAGGGAAGCCCUGGUAAUGAUGGACCUCCUGGCCGUCCUGGUGCUGCUGGCCUUAAGGGUGAUCGUGGUGAGCCUGGUUCUCCUGGAGCCGCUGGACCUGCUGGCGCUCCUGGACCCAACGGACCAUCAGGCGCUGUUGGCAGACCCGGAAACCGCGGUGAAUCUGGACCUUCUGGUUCUUCUGGCCCUGUUGGACCUGCUGGAGCAAGAGGUGCACCUGGCCCUGCUGGACCUCGUGGUGAGAAGGGUGUUGCUGGAGACAAAGGAGAAAGGGGCAUGAAGGGACUUCGUGGACAUCCUGGUCUGCAGGGAAUGCCCGGACCCAGUGGUCCUUCUGGUGACAGUGGCGCUGCUGGUAUUGCUGGUCCUGCUGGUCCAAGAGGCCCAGCUGGUCCUAAUGGUCCCCCUGGUAAGGAUGGUUCAAAUGGCAUGCCUGGUGCUAUUGGACCCCCUGGACACCGUGGUCCUCCUGGUUAUGUUGGACCUGCUGGUCCUCCUGGAACUCCUGGUCUUCCCGGACCCCCUGGCCAAGCUGGUGGAGGAUAUGACACAUCUGGUGGCUAUGAUGAGUACAGAGCUGACCAGGCCUCUCUCAGGGCCAAGGAUUAUGAGGUGGAUGCCACCAUCAAGUCCUUGAACACUCAGAUUGAGAAUCUGCUUUCCCCUGAGGGCUCAAAGAAGAACCCUGCUCGUACCUGCCGCGACAUCAGGCUGAGUCACCCAGAAUGGAGCAGCGGAUUCUACUGGAUCGACCCCAACCAGGGCUGCACCAUGGAUGCCAUCAAGGCUUACUGCGACUUUUCUACUGGACAGACCUGCAUCCACCCCCACCCCGAGAGCAUCCCACAAAAGAACUGGUACAGAAGCUCCCAGGAGAAGAAACACAUUUGGUUUGGCGAGACCAUCAAUGGUGGUACUGAGUUUUCUUACAAUGAUGAGACCCUGAGCCCACAGUCCAUGGCUACUCAGCUGGCCUUCAUGCGCCUGCUGGCUAACCAGGCAGUCCAGAACAUCACCUACCACUGCAAGAACAGCAUCGCCUACAUGGAUGCUGAGAAUGGAAACCUGAAGAAGGCUGUGUUGCUGCAGGGCUCCAACGAUGUGGAGCUCAGGGCGGAGGGCAACAGCCGCUUCACGUUCAGCGUCCUAGAGGAUGGCUGCAGUAGACACACUGGCCAGUGGAGCAAGACAGUCAUUGAAUACAGAACGAAUAAACCAUCUCGCCUUCCCAUCCUCGACAUUGCACCUUUGGACAUUGGUGGCGCAGAUCAAGAGUUUGGUUUGGACAUUGGCCCAGUCUGUUUCAAAUAAAUAGACUCAUGAUAAAUUAAACAAGAGAAAGAAAGAAAAAAGAAAAAUCUCUGCCCUUCUUUCUGUGUUUUUUUAUACUGAAUGCUGAUUUUUUCUGCAAAUCCACUUGCUUAAGCUGGGCUCUAUCGGAGAGGACCAAUGGACUGAACGGAGCAUUGCGCAAUGCAAAUUAAUACAGCAGCCCAAAGAGACGCGGGAUAACACCAUGUUAUGGGACAUGUCAUCAUUUUGUAAAAUAAAAGAAGUGUAAUAAAACCAAUGAAAGUAUACAUCACUUUGUGGUCUUUGUAUAUCUUCCAAAGAGGAAGUUUAAAACCACAAUUUCCGUAAGGUUUAAACUACCUCAUGUGUAAAGGAAAAUAAUAAUCAACAUCCUAGUUGUCACUAGUUGGUACUAAGGCUUCAAGUUCUGUCCUGUUUCAAAGGUGCUCCAAUACUUGAAGCAGUGAUAUUAUAUGGUGCUAAACAUGCAGCUGUGGAGAAAACCACUGUUACUGUAUUACUUUGUAUUGUCUCUGAGGAAUAUUGCACAGGUCCCCCUGAUAACCCCAUUUUUAAGCAGGUGGAAUAUUCCUAAACCUGAUGUUUGUCUGGUUUUUACUUUUUGUUUCAUUUGUUUUUGUUUUCUCAGAGUUUUGUUCGGAUUUUUUUUUUAUUUUUAUUUUGUUCAGGCAUUACAUUCUUUUACGCCCCCAGUGUUAAUACUGACAGCACAGUUCGUCCAUUUUAAAGGGUUGCAGAGGCCUCUCUCUCAAAACAAACCACAAAGUUUAUUGUACCUAUUUUGUAUAUGUGAGAUGUUUAAAUAAAUUGUGAAAAGUUCUGAAAAUAAAGCAUGUCCGAUGUUCCGAAACACAUUA